GUCGGAUCUGCGAAUACGUCUUGAAAUAAAGUGACAUUCCGUUUCAGAAGAGAAAUGAGCUACGCGUCAGUAUAUAACAGUGCGUCUCGACUCUAAGACAGACAUGUCCAAAAUUGUCUUUGUUCUCCUACUGUUUGCAAUUCUGAUAGCUGAUAAUUCAGCAAGAGAGAUUCAACGUACUAAACGGCAGUCAGAACAAGAAGACGGAGGACUAGCUGGGACAGGUCCAGGAAGCGAUAUCGAAGAAAGAGACAGAAUGAUGCAAAUGAUUCCGCCGGGACAAGGUCCAGUGGUCGCUCAGUUGCCGCCUACGGAGUAAAGGUCGCCGCCUGUGCGCUACGAGAAAAAUUUUGGCAAGAAUCUGCUUGGAUUUCUGUUGUCCGUCCUAAUGAAUUUU